AUGGGCGAUGAAGUUUCCUCCAGGUCUACUCUCUCGCAGAUCCCUUCAACAAAUUCCCGAAACGUCAGCAUUGCAGGCGAAAGUACUUUGAGUGCGGUGGGAAGCAGUAUUUACAACACAUCCAUUGAUACUGCCCACAAUUUGGAGCCAGCCCUUGACGUUGGGAAUUUUCCGCGAACUAUUAGUCGUCCCUCUGAUGCCCGGCUGCGCUUUGCUGAUACCAAGAAGAAUAAAUUUUGGGUUACAAUCAAGAAUUUUCUGCCUCGCUGCUCUAUUCUUAUAGCUGCCGUUGUCAUGAUUUCCAUAGGAGUGGCACGAGGUGGAAGCGCAUAUGGAAUAUACGUCGAAGGCGAAAGCACAGUUCAGCUCCAGGGGACGAAUGAGUUUGACAUCACUGGGUUUGACGAGUCUUAUGGGAUAGCCGUAAAAUGCGGCAGCAAGGUCGACAUGGCAGCUGGAAGUACUACAAAGAUCCGCAUCGACGGAGAUCCCGUUAGCUAGGAAGACAUAGAGGAUCAUCUGCAUUCCCCUUACUCCGUGUAACAGGCAUCUUGGAUAUGAAUCUCAGUGAGCAGAAUUACAAAAAACGGGUCAGAGGCAUUUCGGAAACCAAAGCUUAAAUACAAUCCAUGAUUGAAACCGAGAUAAUUAUACAUGUGAUGUGGAGAGAAAUUCCCAAAAGUCCAGACUGCGUGUAUAUG